GGGUGGUAAUGUAGAUAGUAGUAGUUGACGGUCGAGCCAUAACGAACUUUACUAGGUCCCAUCCAUAUCUUUCCGUUGCAUAGCGCAACUACUAUGUAACUAUUAAUAAAAGUUGCAACAAUCAAUCUAAAUUGGACUGGCGACAAUUUGAGUCAGCAGGAUACACACGCAACAGUCAACAAAUAUGACUGGAGCAAGUGUAGAACCCGUUCCUUCCCCUGCCCAAGGUGUAGGGCCCAUCUACAAGCCUGACGGAGAGAAGCCAACUGCGACAGUAUCCAAGGACAUACCUUAUGAUAAUGUCCAUGUUCUACCACAGACACCUCAAUUGAUUGCACUUCUAACGAUGAUCAGAGACAAAACAACCGGCCGCGCUGAUUUUAUUUUUUAUUCGAAUAGAAUAAUUCGUCUGUUGGUGGAAGAAGGUUUGAAUCAUCUCCCUGUUGUCGAACAUUCUAUAACGACACCUGUUGGUCGAUCCUACCUCGGCGUCAAAUUCCAAGGGAAAAUAUGUGGAGUCUCCAUUAUGAGAGCUGGAGAAGCUAUGGAGCAAGGGUUGCGAGACUGUUGUCGGUCAGUUCGUAUCGGGAAGAUAUUGAUCCAACGAGAUGAGGAAACCUGCAAGCCUAAACUGUUUUACGAAAAACUGCCUGUUGAUAUUGCUCAACGAUGGGUUCUUCUCCUUGAUCCGAUGUUUGCCACUGGCGGCUCUGCAACACUCGCUGUGGAAGUGUUGAAGGCAAAAGGUGUGCCGGAAGACCACAUUCUCUUUCUUAAUCUCAUCGCAAGUCCAUCUGGCGUUGCAGAUUUUGCUCAACGCUUCCCAAAACUAAGAGUUGUUUCUGCAUUUAUUGACCAGGGUUUGGAUGAGAAAAAAUAUAUCAUUCCUGGCCUCGGUGACUUCGGCGAUCGAUAUUACACACUCUAGGGUGCUUUUUUACAACAGGAAUUGAUCUAUAAGCCAGGGCUAUUACUACCUGAAUUAGGUCCUUUUUAUGGCAAUCAAAUAAAGUCUACAUCUUUGAGAGGGGUUUCCUGCAUUCUUGCCAAGUGGAUUUGUUAAACCAAAGA